AUGACUCAAUCACAAGAAGAAUUGUUGGCCGCCCAUCUCGAGCAGCAGAAGAUCGAUCAUGAAGAGCCGCUGGUCGAGGACGACGAUGAUGAUGAUGACGAGGAUGAUGAUGGAGAUGAAGAUGAUGCUGAAGGACAAGAAGAUUCCAGUGGCAGGUCAAAGCAAAGUCGAAGUGAGAAAAAGAGUCGGAAGGCAAUGCUAAAGCUAGGAAUGAAGGCCAUUCCUGGGGUUAGCCGAGUCACUGUUAAGAAGAGCAAGAAUAUCCUUUUUGUCAUCUCAAAGCCAGACGUGUUCAAGAGCCCAAACUCAGACACUUACGUAAUAUUUGGGGAGGCGAAGAUCGAGGACUUGAGCUCCCAACUCCAGACACAAGCAGCCGAGCAGUUUAAGGCUCCUAACGUUGGCAAUGUGGUGCCAAAGGCCGAGCCAUCCAGCGUGCCACAGGAUGAUGAUGAAGAGGUUGAUGAGACAGGUGUCGAGCCCAAAGACAUCGAGCUUGUGAUGACUCAGGCUGGGGUAUCGAGGCCUCGGGCAGUCAAAGCUCUCAAGGAAGCAGAUGGAGAUAUUGUAUCAGCCAUUAUGGAGCUCACGAAUUAG